ACGGUUUAGGCUGAGCAGUGCACGGGACUCCAAGGCUUCCUGGUCUUCCACAGCUUCGGAGGGGGCACCGGCUCAGGCUUCACGUCUCUCCUGAUGGAGCGGCUCUCGGUUGACUAUGGCAAGAAGUCCAAGCUGGAGUUCUCCAUCUACCCCGCGCCCCAGGUGUCCACGGCCGUGGUGGAGCCCUACAACUCCAUCCUGACCACCCACACCACCCUGGAGCACUCGGACUGUGCCUUCAUGGUGGACAACGAGGCCAUCUAUGACAUCUGCCGCCGCAACCUGGACAUCGAGCGCCCCACCUACACCAACCUCAACCGGCUCAUCAGCCAGAUCGUGUCCUCCAUCACGGCCUCCGUGCGCUUCGACGGGGCCCUCAACGUGGACCUGACGGAGUUCCAGACCAACCUGGUGCCCUACCCCCGCAUCCACUUCCCCCUGGCCACCUACGCGCCGGUCAUCUCUGCGGAGAAGGCCUACCACGAGCAGCUGUCGGUGGCAGAGAUCACCAACGCCUGCUUCGAGCCUGCCAACCAGAUGGUGAAGUGUGACCCCCGCCACGGCAAGUACAUGGCCUGCUGCCUGCUGUACCGGGGCGACGUGGUGCCCAAGGACGUCAACGCCGCCAUCGCCGCCAUCAAGACCAAGCGCAGUAUUCAGUUUGUGGACUGGUGCCCCACGGGCUUCAAGGUCGGGAUCAACUACCAGCCCCCCACCGUGGUGCCCGGGGGCGACCUGGCCAAGGUGCAGCGCGCCGUGUGCAUGCUGAGCAACACAACCGCCAUCGCCGAGGCCUGGGCCCGCCUGGACCACAAGUUCGACCUGAUGUACGCCAAGAGGGCCUUUGUGCACUGGUACGUGGGUGAGGGCAUGGAGGAAGGGGAGUUCUCGGAGGCCCGGGAGGAUAUGGCUGCCCUGGAGAAGGAUUAGAUGGAUAGCGUGUGUGUGUGGGUGUGGGGAGGUG